CGCGGGGGAACAUGGAGUUUGCGGAGCUGAUUAAGACCCCACGGGUGGACAAUGUGGUGCUGCACCGGCCUUUCUAUCCCGCCGUCGAAGGGACCUUGUGUCUGACUGGUCACCACCUGAUCCUGUCCUCCCGGCAGGACAACACGGAGGAGCUAUGGCUCCUCCAUUCAAACAUCGACGCCAUCGACAAGCGGUUUGUAGGACCACUGGGUACCAUCAUCAUAAAAUGUAAAGAUUUUCGAAUAAUUCAGUUGGAUAUUCCUGGAAUGGAAGAAUGUUUGAAUAUAGCCAGUUCCAUUGAGGCAUUGUCUACCCUGGACUCUAUCACUCUGAUGUACCCUUUCUUUUACCGGCCCAUGUUCGAAGUGAUAGAAGAUGGCUGGCAUUCUUUCCUUCCUGAGCAAGAGUUUGAACUCUACUCUUCAGCUACCAGUGAAUGGAGGUUAAGCUAUGUCAAUAAGGAAUUUGCCGUCUGCCCUUCUUACCCGCCAAUUGUCAUAGUUCCCAGAUCCAUUGAUGAUGAAGCUCUUCGAAAGGUAGCUAUGUUUCGACAUGGAGGACGCUUCCCAGUACUCAGCUAUUAUCAUAAAAAAAAUGGAAUGGUAAUCAUGCGAAGUGGUCAGCCACUCACUGGCACAAAUGGGAGAAGGUGCAAAGAAGAUGAAAAGCUGAUAAAUGCUACCCUCAGGGCAGGAAAACGAGGCUACAUCAUUGACACCCGAUCUUUAAAUGUAGCUCAGCAAGCUAGAGCCAAAGGCGGCGGCUUUGAACAAGAAGCUCAUUAUCCCCAGUGGAGGCGGAUUCAUAAGUCCAUUGAGAGGUAUCACAUUCUUCAGGAGAGCUUAAUCAAACUCGUGGAAGCUUGUAAUGACCAAACACAUAACAUGGACCGAUGGCUCGGUAGAUUGGAGGCUUCGAACUGGCUGACGCACAUCAAAGAGAUUCUUACAACUGCUUGUCUAGCAGCUCAGUGUAUCGACAGGGAAGGGGCAUCCAUAUUGAUCCAUGGAACAGAAGGAACUGAUUCCACACUUCAGGUUACCUCCCUGGCCCAGAUCAUCUUGGAACCAAGAAGCAGGACCAUCCGUGGUUUUGAGGCCCUGAUAGAAAGAGAGUGGCUACAGGCUGGCCACCCAUUCCAACAGCGCUGUGCACAGUCAGCCUAUUGUAAUAGUAAGCAGAAGUGGGAGUCACCCGUAUUUCUUCUCUUCUUGGACUGUGUGUGGCAGAUACUUCGUCAGUUUCCUUGUUCUUUUGAAUUUAAUGAGAAUUUCCUCAUCAUGCUCUUUGAGCAUGCAUAUGCCUCACAGUUUGGAACAUUCCUGGGCAACAAUGAAAGUGAAAGAUGUAAGUUGAAGCUGCAGCAGAAAACGAUGUCUCUGUGGUCCUGGGUCAAUCGGCCCAGUGAACUGAGGAAGUUCACCAAUCCUCUCUUUGAAGCCAACAAUCUUGUCAUCUGGCCUUCAGUUGCUCCACAGAGUCUUCAGCUAUGGGAAGGUAUUUUCCUCCGUUGGAACAGAUCCUCCAAGUAUUUGGAUGAAGCAUAUGAAGAAAUGGUUAACAUCAUUGAAUAUAACAAGGAAUUACAAGCAAAAGUAAAUGUACUUAGGAGGCAGUUGGCAGAACUGGAAACUGAGGAUGGGAUGCAGGAGAGUCCCUGAAAAAUCUCCCCACAACCUACAUAAAUAAGGACCUUCCUGGAACUGAAUCCCAUCUGUCUCUCUCCUUUGGCCCUUCAGUUCACUUUUACACAGUAGCCUUGAACCUAAGGCUUUAGAUGUGAGAACCCUCUAAUGUAGUGGAUUUCUCAAUACUGUAUGAAUGAAACUUACUGUAAUUACUCAUGUUUCAUGUGGCCUUUUAGGCCUUUUUACUUUGGGAGCAGAAAGGAGGUGCUAGUCAUUUUAUUUUAUGUGAAACAGGUGACCUAUUUAAUGCCAUUUGUGUUAUAUGCCAUUUAAUCUAAAAUUUUUUCUGUGUCUACUUUCCAAACAGUGCUCCAGACCAGUCAAGGAUAUGAUUAAUCUCUUUAGGGAAUAUGUGUUAGUUUUAAAAAAGAUCAGACUUUAAACACUCCAAACACAGAAAUAUUUUUCAAAACUGAAAUGGUUCUUAAACCAAGAAUUUUGUGAUUAACAUGCUGUUUCCAAUACCUUUGCCCUUCUCUUUAAAAUAGCUUUGGAUUAACAAAGCUGAAUUCAUUCUCAUUCUGGUUUGUUAAGAAAGGAAAAUCUGAAUAUUUAUCCAAGGUAAAUAUUUUUACAAGGGUUAUAGGUAUAAUCCUUUGAUAUUUAGAUUAAGAAGUAAAUUUUAACAGUAGACAGUAGAAGUAUGUGCAAUAUAGAAAUAAAGUAGGAAUUUGUUACUGAUAUGGUAUCGUUACUGUUGAAUUGGUUUUUCAGGUUUUUUGACCAUACAUAUUAAAUGCAUA